GCCGCCACUUGAGUCAGUCGUCGUCCAAAUAGCAGCCCGAGCAGUCGAUGGAUAGAAACUUAUUUUCAAAUAUAAGUCAUCGCCGAGAAGAUUUCAAGUCAAUUACCUAACGUGCUUCACAAGUUGGAUAUUUCACGCCCUCAGCUGAAGUUUAUUCGAUUAGGUUCUAGUAUUUCACGUCCUGCAGCCGCAUCCAGUGUGUGUUAUUUUGCAUUUCGCCAUGUCGUUCAAGAAGCAAAAUUGGGGCUGGAUGAGACACGUCCUCACCGCCCUGUCCGUCCUCAUCUUUGUGAGUUUUCUCGGUUGUAUUGUCAUCGGCUACAUGUCCUGGGUAUUGGCUACAUCGACCACAGUCAAUCGCUUCCUCUCCGGAACUCUGAUUUUUACAUAUACGGUGAUCGCCCUGGGAUUCUUCCUGUUCAUCAACGGACUCGUCGGCUGGGUGGGCACAGUCAGUCAAAGCGUUUGGCUCAUUCGUUUGUUCCUUGGCGCUUCGGUUCUUUGCAUCUUGGGAGAAAUCGGUGGCAUCAUCACCCUCAACAUAAUUCAAAUUCAGACGGUAGACGUGGUGGAGCACGGAUGGCUGGAACUCAACCAAGGCACAAGGAAUAUGAUUCAGCUUAAUAUGGAAUGCUGCGGAUUCUCGGGACCGCAAGAGUUCGCCUAUUCGACGCUGCCCAUCGACGAUUCGUGCUACGAGCCGCACACCGACAACAGCACCGACGACGACGGCAGCUCGAUAGCACGUUCCGAUUGGGACGAAACCACCUUCACCACUCCGCACAUGCGCUUGAAACAGAUUGGAUGCGGACAGAAACUCCACAAAUGGUUUGAAGAGAACAAAGUGGCUUGGGUCGCCGGAUUGGCUACGAUAGGAGCCGUCGAAUUCAUGGCAGCCGCCGUCGCCCUUUUCAUCUUGCGCCGACUCCAGACGAGCUUACGCCCACGAACUCUCUCCCGGAGACGCUUACGCCAACACGAAACUGACAUGGCCAACGACCCACUACCCUCCGAGUUGCCUUAAAACUCGACUUAAUUAUUGAUUGCAGACUAUAUUUUAUGACACGCAUUAGCCGCCCUCAUGCUGCAUCAACACAAGUGUGCCGAUCAAUUUUCCCCCCAUUAUUUUUCUAACAUUCCGAGAGGGCAGCAUGUCAUUUCAAGCAAAAAUUGCCGGCCAAUGGCCCACCUUAUUCUAUUAUUUAUAUGAGACUAAUAUUCAAACAGACGGAGAGAGAGACUGUGAGAAAGACGGAAAUUCAAACACAUUGACAAAAGGACAGGGCGAUUCAGUUGACUGUGAUCGCUCGGGCGGAACUUUGGUUUGGUUUUUAUCCCGGAGGAAAAAUAGUACAGAGACAAAUAGAACCUAUUACAGUUAUUAUUAUUACGGGAAUUGCACAGAUCAAAUUGUAGUAUGUGUGUCCGUUGCAUCGCUUAAAGUUGUUUUUCUUGUGCUCAUCACUGUGUAAAGUUUUGUCAUGAGAAAUACAGUCUAACAACACAGAUUUAAAAAAUAAAAGAAAUCAUAAACUA